AUGGGUCUUGGCAAUACUAUUAUUGAUGAGAAUGAUGGCUCAAACCAAGACUGUGCUAAGGCCAUGAUUUUCCUUCGUCGUCAUUUAGAUGAAGGAUUAAAAGUGGAGUAUCUUACAGUCAAAGAUCCUCUUGUCCUUUGGCAAGAUUUGAAAGAAAGAUUCGACCACCUGAAGUUGAUCGUUCUUCCAAAAGCCCGAUAUGAUUGGCUUCACUUACAACUACAAGAUUUCAAAUCUGUCGACGAAUAUCAUUCAGUUAUGUUUAGAAUUACUUCUCAAUUAUCAUUGUGUGGCGAAAAGGUCACUGAUGAAAAUAUGUUAGAAAAAACAUUCUCUAUUUUUCAUGUCUCUAAUAUGCUCCUGCAGCAGCAAUAUAGAGAGAAAGGAUUUAAGAAAUAUUCUGAACUUAUUGCAUGUCUCCUCUUGGCUGAACAAAAUAAUGAAUUAUUGCUGAAAAAUCACGAGUCCCGACCAACUGGUGCAAGUCCAUUCCCUGAAGCGAAUGCGACUCAAUUUCAAAAUUCUGUUCGAGGUCGUGGACGUGGAUGUGGCCAUAGAGGUGGCCGUUACGCACUCGAAUGA